CCCCACGCGCAGGGCCGGCCGUGGCGGCAGCGGCAUGUAGCGGCGGGGCAGGAUGGAUUGGCGGGGGGGGCACUAGCAUGCAGCGCGAGCCAUCAGCUGUGGCCAGCAGCCCCACGCGCAGGGCCGGCGGUGGCGGCAGCGGCAUGUAGCGGCGGGGCAGGAUGGAUUGGCGGGGGCGGCACUAGCAUGCAGCGCGAGCCAUCAGCUGUGGCCAGCAGGCCUGCGAGAAAGGAGCGGAAGGAGGCUGGCAAGCCUGCUGCGGUGGAUGUACCUGACUGUAUCACGGGGCAGCUCACCCUCCUGCUCGGAAGCAUCACCAUCGCGAGCAGCAAACACCCAG